AUGGCGUCUCUUCUUCUCCCUCCUCAGUUCGCUUGCUCCCUGCCUUAUUACUGCAUCAGGGGUCAGUUACAUUAUAAGCCCACCAUUUGGGGAAAGAAUACGACGAAGACUAAAAUGGGGUUGCUUCACCGCAAUGUGAGUUUUGUGUCAAAGAAGAGUUCUCAAGAUGUAGAGGAAGGCUCAAGUGGUGAAGACAGUGAUGCUGAAACCCCAAAGACCAAGAAAAAACCUGCAAAACGUGGAAGAAAGAAAGCCACCAUCGAUGCAUCAGAAGGGGAAACAAAAGAAGGCCAAAGUGACACUGAAGAUGCAUCCCCUGAAGAGCCUAAGAAAGUUAAAAAGAGAGGUCGGAAGAAAGCUGCUACUACUGCAUCCUCUCCGGAGGAGGCUGACAAGCCAAAAGAACCAAAAAAGAGGGGCAGAAGAAAAGUUAAGAUGGUUGAACAAUUAAGUGAUGAUGAAGGAGAAGAUCAGAGCAAAGAUUUGAUGCCGUCUAAUGAAAUAGAAGUUCACAGUUCAGCCAAUGAUCUUGAAAGUAAAGUAGAGGCAUUGUUAUCACAAGAUAUUGAAGAGGUUGACAAAUUAGUGCCUCUUGUCUGCUGCUUUGGACCAGCUAAGUACUCAUUUGUUCCUUCUGGAAGACCUGCUAAAAGGUUGGUGGAUCGUGAGAUUCAUAGUAGGAUGAAGGAUAUGUUCUGGUCUCCUGAUGAAUUUGUGAGGGCACCUGGAGGGUCGUCAUCCAAUGUUGCCCUUGCUCUAGCAGCUCUUGGAGGCCGGGUUGUGUUCAUGGGAAAAUUAGGUGAUGAUGAGUAUGGUCAGAGUAUGCUGUAUCACUUAAAUGUCAACGGAGUUCAAACUCGAGCAGUUAGUUUGGAUCCUUCAGCGCCAACUGCCAUGUCCUUAAUGAAGGUGACCAGCAGAGGUAGCUUGAACACAAGCUGCGUUAAACCAUGUGCAGAGGAUUGUUUUCUGCAAUCUGAUAUCAACCCAGAUGUUCUAAAAGAGGCUAAGAUGUUUUACUAUAAUUCGUCAGCUUUGCUAGAGCCGACUACACGGACAUCAUUGUUAAAAGCAAUCGAGGUCUCCAAGAAAUUUGGCGGGAUAACAUUCUUUGAUCUUAAUCUUCCAAUGCCACUAUGGUCAUCUAGUAAGGAAACCAAAUCACUCAUCAAGGAGGCGUGGGAAGCUGCUGAUAUCAUCGAAGUCAUGAAGCAGGAACUUGAGUUCCUCUGUGGUAUUAAACCAUCUGCGAAUUCUGACACAAAAGAUGAGAAAUCUGAAUUCGCACACUACAGCCCAGAAGUUGUUAUGAAGAUAUGGCAUGACAAUCUGAAGGUCCUCUUUGUGACCAACGGGACCUCGAAGAUACACUACUACACAGAAAAACACAAUGGCUCGGUUCGUGGGACGGAAGAUGCGCCGAUUACUCCUUUCACCAGUGAAAUGUCACAGUCAGGAGACACCAUUGCUGCAGCCCUGAUGAAUAUGCUGUCGAUCAACCCUCACCUGGUGACGGACAAGGUCUACUUGCACAAGACAGCGAAGCACGCCAUCAAAUGCGGCGUCAUCGAUCAGUGGCUGGCCGCACGGGAGCGGGGAUUCCUUCCCAGAGGGAUAGCAGAACCAAGCAGCGAGCAUGACGAAGCGAGGUUCAUCACGGAGAGGGAAUACCGUACCAUCCCCGACGCCAUGCAACCUGCGAACCCAUCGGACAGGGAGCUCACGCACGUGGAGUGA